AUGCAGUUUCUCGUCUUUCUCUCGGGCGUCUUCGGCUGGGUCUACACCUUCUGCUGGUCCGCCUCAUUCUAUAGUCAACCGCUUCUGAGCUAUCGGAGAAAGUCCACCUCUGGGACGACUGUAGACUUUCCGUUGAUCAACACAUUUGGCUUUUGCGCAUAUCUGACCUCCAAUUUGGCAUUCUACUACUCCCCCGUGAUUCGACAUCAAUAUGCGCUCCGCCAUGGCGAGGGCCAUGUGCCGACCGUCGCGUUCAAUGACGUUAUCUUCGCACUACACGCCGUGAUUGUCUGCACCAUCACGACGUCGCAAUAUAUGCUGCCGUCCCUUUGGGGCUUUGAGCGCGCACCAGGUACCAGGCCAUCUCGCCUGAUCCUCGGUGUGGCUACGGGCUCCUUGCUGACGGUCGCCGGUAUGAUUGCCCUGGUGGCCGGACAGGACCCGUCUUCUGCGGCAGACCCGCGGCACUCCUGGGCCUGGCUCGAUGUCGUCUACGCCAUCUCGUACGUCAAGCUCUUUGUGACGCUCAUCAAGUACGCGCCGCAGCUGUACUAUAAUGCGCAGAACCAGAGUACCAAGGGCUGGAGCAUCUGGCAGAUCCUGCUCGAUUUUGCCGGCGGUAUCCUCAGCAUUGCCCAGCAGGGCAUCGACUCGUACCUCCAGGGCGACUGGACCGGCAUCACUGGCAACCCUGUCAAGUUUGCCCUUGGCAAUGUGUCCAUGCUGUACGAUAUUUGCUUCAUGACGCAGCACUACGUCCUCUACCGCGGUAGCAACGGUGCCAAAGGGGAGAGAGAGGCUCUCCUUGAACGAGGUGAGGACGAGAGAAGAUUAGAUUAG